AAGCAGUGUCCAGGUCUAUGUGACUGUCAGUGCCACCUGUCAAUGUCCAUCAGUGCCAGCUGCCAGUGCCCAUCAGUGCUACAUCAAUGCCACAUAUCAGUGCCCAUCUGAGCUGCCUUUCAGUGUCACCUAUCAAUGCCAGUCAGUGCCAAUCCACCUAUCAGUGCCGCCUAUCAGUCCUGCCUAACAGUGCCAGUCAGUGCCACCUAACAGUGCCAGUUAGUGCCAGCUAUCAGUGCCAUAUAUGAGUGAUG